AUGACAAGGCUUCCUCUUCUAAAGCGGGAUAUUUCCCUGGAAGAAGCCCUCGAACACGACGACAAUGUUCUCCACAUGUUGGACUAUCCGCAGAAGUUGAGGGAGUUCAAGGCACAUCUUAUUUCUCUCAAAGCGGAUAUCGAAGCGACCGUGGCGUUUCAUCUGCAAGCAAAUUGUUGCCAGGUUGCUGAUGAAGAUAAUUGGAUGAUGGGCAACUAUAAUAUAUGCAUUCCAGUCUGCGUCAAUCCCCCAUCUGAGAACCAUGUUCUUAUUCGAAUUCCCUUGCCCUUCAAAAUCGGGGAGGAAAAGAAUCCGGGGAAUGUGGAUGAAAAGCUGCGGUGCGAGGUAGCCACUUAUAUCUGGAUCCACCAAAAUUGCCCAACGGUUCCUAUCCCUUGCCUUUAUGGGUUCGGUUUUCCUGACGGCCAAACUUUUGUCAAACCCUCCAGUGCCUCCCUUUUCUCUCGACUCUGUUGGCGCAUAGCACAGACGCUACGGUCGUGGCUUGGCCAUCCGACGUCAUGUCCUUACAUCAGUCCUUACAUCAGUCUGAAGCGUCCGACCCGACUGACAACUGGAUACAUGAUCAUAAGCAUUAUAAAUAAAGGUCGGCAGCUUUCUGAAUAUUCUUUGGAAGUUCUGCUCCGGGAUAAAACGCGGAGACAAACUCUCUUCAGCGACCUUGCAUGGAUCAUUCUAAGCUUGAAUCGUACCGAGUUUCCCCGAAUCGGGUCCCUGACCUUGAAUAACGAUGGCGUCAUUAGUUUAGCGAGUCGGCCUCUUACGCUACGUCUACAGACCCUGGAAAACGAGGGGAUCCCGACUAUUCCCAGAACCUCAGUGUACCAAGCUGCGGAGUCAUAUCUUCUGGAUCUCCUACAAUGCCAUGACAAUCGUAUCUAUCAUCAGCCAAAUGCCAUCCAUGACACAGAAGAUGGUCAGGAACAAUUGGCUGCAUUGACGAUGAUGCGUGCUCUUCUCCCUCAGUUCAUCUCUCGUCAAUAUCGCCACGGUCCGUUCAGACUCACGCUGACGGACCUUCAACCGGGCAAUAUUUUCGUCGACGAAGAAUGGCAUAUUACAGCUAUUAUUGAUCUAGAAUUCGCAGCUGUCCUCCCAGUUGAACUACAAACUCCCGUUCAUUGGCUGACUGGCCGGACCAUUGAUGAUAUUGAACACGGGGAGCACCUCGAUACUUUCCAGGCGCAUAUCCAUGAAUACAUAGAUGCGUUUGAGGAACAAGAAAGAAAAGAUCAAUGCUCAGAUUUUUCUCACGCCCAGAUCAUGAGAGGAUGCUGGAAUAAGCGACGUUUUUGGUAUUUCCAAGCACUGCACAGUCCGAAAGGGCUUCUGCGGGUUUUUAGGGAGCAUAUCCAACGCUAUUAUUGCGAAGAGCAUUGCAGGAAACGUGUGUUCGAUAAGACCGUGAGUCCAUACUGGUGUGAGGGAGUCGAGAGUUUGAUACAACGAAAAGUGGAGGAAGAGGCGAGAUACAAGAAUCAACUCAAAGAGCGCUUUGGCCAGGGAAGCCGGAUUGCGCCCUCACUCGCGGUGUUCGAGACGAGCGUGGGAGAUAUCCCUGCACAAACCACAGUCAAGAUUGAGAUCACGUACGCCAACCUCCUGAAGGUGGAUAACAGCACUGGGGGACUGGUUCUUACGAUCCCGACAUCGAUCGCAUCGCGGUACGGGGACACGCCUGCAGGAUACAGCGGAAAUCAAUCCCUUCUCACGGAGGGGCUGCGGAUCAACGUCCAAGUAUCGAUGCCGGCAGCCAUCCGCAAGAUGGAGUCGCGAUCACACCCCAUCUCGGUCGAGAUGGGGGCCGUUUCCCACAAAACCUUCCAGGAUUUUGCAGCGGGUGCAUCAUCGGACAUGCUGGAUUACUCCAAGGGACGUGCCACGUUAUCGGACAGAAAUGCCAUUCUUCAUCAAGAUUUUGUCUUACACAUCUUGUGUAGCUCUCGCGAAUCCUCGCAGUCACAGGCUAUUGCAGCGUCGCAGCCUGGCCAACCCGGCCUCUCCACGAUUGCGGUCACCGUGCACCCCGGCGAUCUGUUUUGCCAACAUGUUAAUAUGGAGGAUUUUGUCGGCGAAAUUAUCUUCAUGGCGGAUAGAUCGGGGUCGAUGGAGUCAAAGAUCCCCUCUCUCAUCAAUGUGAUGAAUGUUUUCUUACGGAGUCUCCCUGAAGCAUGCUCGUUCAACAUCGCCUCCUUUGGUUCCCGCGUCACAUGGUUAUGGCCUUCCUCGAUGAGAUACAGCCAAGAGAAACUGGAUGUCGCCUCGAAGCACGUGGAUUCAUUCCAAGCAAACUACGGUGGUACCGAAAUUUAUGGCGCGCUGCACAGUGUUAUGGAUCACUACAAUAAGCGGAAUGACGUACCAACCAGUGUGAUUUUGUUGACCGACGGCGAGGUCUGGAAUGUGGACAACGUGAUACAGCUAGUGCGCGAAACGGCCUCAAACGAUUCUUUUCUUUGGGAAUUGGGGAUCGAGUUUCUCAUCGCCUGGUCGAGGGCAUCGGGCAGCAAGGGGGCGGCUAUAGAGGCCUCGAUGGGUUCCUGGCAGGAAAGAGUGAUACAAAUGUUGAAGGGAGCGUUGACACCAUCUCGCCUUCCGUGCAAUGUGGAUCUUGGCAAGGAUCUUGCCAUGAAGACAUCUGAGCGGCAGAUUGCCGGAUAUACAGUGCAAUAUCCCGAGUGGGUUCAGGCUCCACACCAUAUCCCUGUGCUAAGCACCUUUUCACAUUUCUCUCUCUACUACUUGCUGGAGAGGGAAUUGGACUCGCUGCCUAAAAUAAUUAAUAUCACUGCAACAACUGAGAAAGGAGAGAAGCUCACAGCCCAGCUGCCAAUUCAGACAGCAGCUGAACAACCAGCCAUUCACCAUCUUGCAGCGAAGGCAUUGAUGAACGACUAUGAAACCGGACAAAGCUGGAUGCAUUCACUUCACCCAACCCUCAAGUCCACCAAUCCAACAGGAUUUGAAAAGGUUCUGGAGCACGAAGCAAAGCACGUUGGGCAGACGUGGUCCAUACCUAGCAAGUGGACGAGCUAUGUGGCUAUUGAUCGUAGCACGGCCCAGCAACGCGGGAUAUCGGUCUAUAAAGCGGAUGCUAUCGAAGUCUCCCAACUGACUCGGCCACGACAUACUUCUACCUCUACACGACCACGUAUUUCUCUUAAAAAAGGUUCUACUCGUUCUUGGAAUUCUGCUGGCUAUGAUGCUCGCCGCAGACCCUUUGUCUUCUGCGAGGGGGGCGGACCUACCAUCUCCGUGGAAACUGCUCGACAUAAUUCCUCCCACCAUGAUGAUCUUCCCAGCCUUUCGUUGUCUGCACCACCGCCGACAUCGCGACCACCGUGGGUGUCGGUUCACUCAUUAGAUACCUCCUUUGACAGUGAUUAUACCCCGGGUCCUAACACGUUCGAGGCGGGGGUUGGGAUCUCGGCAUUUGACCGCCCUAAGCAGCAAAGUCAAACCCAGAAUCAGCAUCAGGACGAAUCACGAGCGCCUCCAGCUCUAGAGGGGGGCUCUGGACCUGAAGAGCUACGGCCAAUUGAAACAUCGGCAAGCGUACGCAGCGGGAAGACCAUAACGUAUCCGAUUCUGGAUGAGGAUAGCGAAGGGGCUAUUGCCGAUGCACCUCAAGCACGUUUUCAACGACCACGUGCAAGCCUGCUCCGAGCUGAAAAUCGCAAACGCCGCAGACCCAGCUCAGAUGAAAAUGAGACCGACGACGAUAGUCCUCAUUCGCCAACUGACUCGCCAAAUGACACCUCCUCGAGUGGCGGCUGUAGAGCCCGCUCUCUGGAUAGGGAACUUCGCGAUCCCGACCACCCAAGCCCGUCAGAUUUACCUCGCCUGGAAACGAUCCUCCGCCUGCAACAAGCGGACGGCAAAUUCAACAUUGUCAGCCGUUCCUUUAGAAGCGCCCUGAAACAGAAAUACAAUAACGAAGCGCUUAAAAUGUUCCUAAACUCCACCUUCAAUGGAAAGUCACCGGCCACGAGGGGCUGUCUUAGUGAACUGGCCUCCAAUGUUCGUCUUGUCGUUUAUAUUAGUCAUGAGUACGCUGCUUCGAAGGCGCUCUUUGAGCUCCAGGUAGCAAAGGCACGGCAAUGGAUCAAGCGGACGAUUAUAGAAUUGUUGAAGGAGAGUGGUGACUCGGAGGAAACACUGGGGACACCACUGGAGGAAUUAGCAGAGUCCAUGCUCGAGGAGAUGGAGAAACUAGUUUUGAAGAAGGUGAGAUGA